AUGGGAAAACCCAAAGUGAAAGCAAUAAAAUGCUUUUCCAAUUCCAAAGACAACAAAUUGAAGCGUCUGGAGGAACAAGAAAUGGCCAAAGCGAUUGCCUUACAAACACGAAGGACGAGAUCACUUCAGCAACAACAACAGCAACAGCAGAGAGGAAGACAGGGACGCCCGGAACCAGAAUACAUUGAUUACAGUAAUCUUCAGCAGCAUAGUCAUCAGCAUCAGCAACAAAAGAUGAAUCAUCCUCCCUAUGAUCCCUAUGAUCAUAUUCAGGUCUAUCGUCCUAGCAAUUCAGGUAAUUCAGGCAAUCCAGCAUCAGGCAAUCAUCAUCAGCAACCACCAAAGUUUGAUAUGAAUGCUCUCUCUGGUUUGAGGUUAGGUCGCUCCAAAAGCGUUCCUCCUGAACUGCGCCAACACUUUGCGGUUUACAACAUGUACGGAAAUGAAAACGAAGAAGAGAAAAUCAUGGAGUUUAGCACGGACAAUUCUAUUACCAGUUCUCGAAAGAGUUUGACUGGGAAUAACACUGCCCCCAAACAACAGCAACAGCGGCACAUGACAGCUGAUCAGAGAGUGGGACAGUUUCAGGCACGCAUAAAGCAAAUUCAGAAUGAACUUGCUCUUCCACCUGUGAAACAAAUAUCGAUUCAACCAGAGCAACAAUACCAACAGCAGCCACAACACUAUCAGCAACAGCAGCAGCAACAGCAACAGCAACAACCACUCCGGCACAAACUACCCAAUCCGAGGUCCAAAACACCGGAACCCGUUCGUUCUGGGGUAAUGGAUCGAUUUCGAUCCAAAACACCCGACCCUCGACCUUCAUCCGGCGUUCCAACCACCAUUUUGAGGACCCAACGCUAUCAUGCCGAAAAGAUUGUCACUCCGGACGGCAAUAUCAUGCUCAAAAAGAAGAUUGUCCACGUCAAUCGCACUCGACCGUGUGUGGCGUGUGGAUUUCGAGACUGGAGUCAGGACGACAUGGCCUACUUACUAGUACGCCAAACCAAGAACGACAACAAUUUGAAUAGCAGCAACAACAACAACAACAAGGACGGCGGGAAAUCGCCAAACACCGAAAAUAGUCCACAACCACAAGUCAAGUGGCUCUGCCCUGACUGUGCCUGUGACAAUGGUUUGCCCAAAGAACAUUAUCAUUGGAACAAGAAUCGAUUGCCACCCGUCCCGGAUCCUGUCAUUGACAUCACCAUGAAUCGGGCCAUUGGACCUAUUGAUGCCGAUGACAUUGCCUGGGUCCAAAAGGCCCAACGCAAACCAAAGCCCAUGAAUUGGAAGUCCCAAUAUUCGGAUUACUAUUCCACGAUUCGCAAGAAGCAACGACAAAAGCAGGCCAUGUGCUGUGCGCCGCCGCCUCCCGAAGAAUACUCGGAUGCUCCGGAAGAUGAGAUUCGGAGGGCGAUUGCCAAUGCGUGUUUUGCGCCCGAUCAUGAACAAAGCGAUGUGGGAGAGACCUGUUACAAUUACGUGGGGGAUUUGUAA